GAGCCAUUUCCGGAGGGCGGAAACUAGGAAGAAACUUGGAGCUGCUGAGGCGCUCCAGUUAGCGACAGCCUUAGCAGCUGCUGUGCCCUGUGGCCCGGCCCGUGCUGAACUGUCCGGAGGCCUGGCCAUGGGGCAGCCCCGGCCUUCCUCAGUGUGAGGCGCGGGGCCUCCCGCUGGCUCCCCUAACAGGUCCGGGGCAGACAGGGCGGGAGGCGUCGUUUCUGCCGCGGUCGCGGUCACCGCCUCCGGCCCCGGCAUCAUGAAUAUAGACGUGGAGUUCCACAUCCGACACAACUAUCCCUGGAGCAAGUUGCCCGCCAAUGUGAGACAGAGCCUUGGAAAUUCACAGAGGGAGUAUGAAAAGCAGGUUGUCCUAUACAGCAUUCGCAAUCAGUUACGCUACAGGAGUAACCUAGUUAAACAUGUCAAGAAAGAUGAACGCAAAUACUAUGAGGAACUACUGAAGUAUAGUCGAGAUCAUCUCAUGCUGUACCCUUACCAUUUAUCGGAUAUUAUGGUGAAGGGCUUGAGGAUCACACCAUUUUCAUACUAUACUGGGAUCAUGGAGGAUAUUAUGAACAGUGAGAAAAGUUACGACUCAUUGCCCAAUUUUACUGCUGCUGACUGUCUGAGGCUUCUUGGCAUAGGAAGAAACCAGUACAUUGAUCUUAUGAAUCAGUGUAGAUCAUCAAAAAAAUUUUUCAGAAGGAAAACUGCUCGUGAUCUUCUGCCAAUAAAGCCGGUGGAAAUUGCCAUAGAAGCAUGGUGGGUGGUGCAGGCUGGAUAUAUCACAGAAGACGAUAUCAAGAUAUGCACUUUGCCUGAGAAACGCGCUAUUGAUAAGAUCAUCGAUUCAGGCCCUCAACUCUCUGGAUCACUAGAUUACAAUGUAGUACAUAGUAAGUGGUUUGUAUAAUAAAGGAUUUAUUUAUCUGGAUGUACCAAUAUCAGAUGACAGUUGUAUAGCAGUUCCUCCUCUUGAAGGUUUUGUAAUGAAUCGAGUACAAGGUGAUUAUUUUGAAACUCUACUCUAUAAGAUAUUUGUGUCAAUAGAUGAGCACACUAAUGUUGCAGAGCUUGCGAAUGUCCUUGAGAUAGACUUAUCCCUGGUUAAGAAUGCUGUUUCAAUGUAUUGCCGACUGGGCUUUGCCCACAAGAAGGGCCAAGUAAUAAAUCUGGAUCAACUUCAUUCAUCAUGGAAGAACGUUCCAUCUGUAAACAGAUUAAAGAGUACUUUAGAUCCACAAAAGAUGCUGUUAUCAUGGGAUGGCGGGGAAAGUAGAAGUCCUGUGCAAGAAGCUUCUUCAGCUACUGACACUGAUACAAAUAGCCAAGAAGAUCCAGCUGACACAGCCAGUGUUAGCAGUUUGAGUCUGUCUACAGGAUAUACAAAGCGUAUUGCAUUCCUGUUUGACUCAACUCUUACUGCAUUUUUAAUGAUGGGAAAUCUUUCACCAAACUUGAAAAGUCAUGCGGUUACAAUGUUUGAAGUAGGCAAACUGUCAGAUGAGUCUCUGGACAGCUUUCUUAUAGAACUGGAAAAGGUUCAGAGUACUGGUGAAGGAGAAGCACAGAGAUAUUUCGAUCAUGCACUUACUCUGAGAAAUACAAUACUGUUUCUGCGUCAUAAUAAAGAUCUAGUUGCACAAGCUGCUCAGCCAGACCAACCCAAUUACGGUUUUCCUCUGGAUCUCUUACGUUGCGAGAGCCUUCUUGGUUUAGACCCUGCAACUUGCAGCAGAGUUCUGAACAAAAAUUAUUCGCUGCUUGUUUCCAUGGCUCCUCUCACCAAUGAAAUCCGGCCUGUCAGCAGCUGUACCCCGCAGCAUAUUGGGCCAGCUAUUCCAGAAGUCAGUUCUGUCUGGUUUAAACUGUAUAUUUACCAUAUAACUGGACAAGGACCACCAUCUCUCCUAUUGUCCAAAGGAACAAGACUUCGAAAGCUGCCAGAUAUAUUCCAGGGUUAUGAUCGAUUACUAAUAACAUCUUGGGGUCAUGAUCCUGGGGUAGUUCCUACAUCAAAUGUGCUCACGAUGUUGAAUGAUGCUUUAACACAUUCUGCGGUUUUAAUUCAGGGACAUGGUUUGCAUGGGAUAGGAGAAACUGUCCAUAUACCGUUUCCAUUUGAUGAAACAGAACUACAAGGAGAGUUCACUCGUGUCAGUAUGGGUGUUCAUAAAGCAUUGCAAGUACUAAGGAACAAAGUGGACUUACAGCAUUUCUGCGGAUAUGUCACCAUGUUGAAUGCUUCUAGUCAGCUUGCAAGUAGAAAACUCAGUGAUGCUUCUGAUGAAAGAGGAGAACCUGACUUGGCUUCUGCCUCAGAUGUAAAUGGGAGUACAGAAUCAUUUGAAAUGGUCAUUGAGGAAGCCACUAUAGAUUUGGCAACAAAACAAAACUCUGGUGCCACAACAGAAGCAGAUUGGGUUCCUCUUGAGCUGUGCUUUGGAAUUCCUUUGUUCAGUUCUGAAUUAAACCGGAAAGUUUGUCAGAAAAUUGCUACACAUGGCCUUUGCAGAAGAGAGAGCCUUCAAAGCCUCUUACAUUCCAGUAGAAAACUCUCUCUUCAAGUCCUUAAUUUUGUUCACUCAUUCCAGGAAGGUGCUUCAACACUGGAUGUUCACAUGGAGCCCAGUUUUUCAAGUUUGCUUUCACAGUCAUCCUAUGCUGAUGUGGGAGUUCCUCUUCCUGCAAAAAACUUAAUAUUUAAAGAUGGCAUCUUAUCAGAAUGGAGUGGACGGUCACCUUCCUCCCUUCUUAUUGCUAAUCUCCAUUUGCAAUAAUUUGAUUACAUCAUUUGUUGAUCACACUUUCUGCCUUUUUCUUUCUUUACAUUAGCUUUAUAAUGUUAGCCACUAAAAAGCACCCUGCUGCUGCGGUGCAAUUGUUGCUUCACUGAUACUAAUACUGCGUGUCGGGAACAUGCUCUUGUUUUCUGAAGUGUUGUCAUUAUUGCACAUCUCAUGUCAGCGAAGUGCUUUUUAGCAGCAAGCACUGUAUUUUUUACCUUAAGACAAUCUGCAUUUCUUUUAUAUAAACUAAGGAUAUACUUUAUAGGCUUUAUGAUGACUGUUGUGUUUAUAAGCAGUCACUAUGAAAAUUGCAAUGGUAAUUUUAUAUGUUAGUUUAUUGGACAUAAAUCUUGUUUAAUUUUAUAUUUUGUUACCUACACUUUAGGGGAUCAAGGGAAGAGAUGGGACUCUUCCUCUGAAAAGGCUUCUUUGUACUUAAAGUAGUAAAGCUGUUAAACAGAAAACAUCCAGUAUUGAGAAAUGGUAAUGGGGCAUUAAGAAUUCUGGGGAUAUCUGUAAAUUAUGUAUAUCAAUUGAACAUCGUGGAAGAUAUGUAAAUCAGCAUAGUUAUGUAUAGCUUAGCCUUGAUUUAUAAGGUCUUAACUCUUGACUAUUCAUUGGCAUCUCAUGAGAAGCUUUGGAAGACAUUCUAUUUUUAAACAAUGUUUAUAUGUGGACUUUUGUCGCCACUCACCUUGGGCUUUAUAUUUUCAUAGAGUCUUUAUGAAAAAAUAGAAUUUAUUUUCCACUCAUAGCUGAGGCUGCUGCACGUCUGAUUGAUUUUUUUGUUUUGUGUGAUUUUUUUGUUUUGUAGCUUUACCAAUGAAUGGUUAUGGAAGUUGAAGGAUUGUUAUUUUAAAUUAGAAUUAUAUUAGAAGUAUUAAGGCUGUAUCUUCAGAUCAGAAUACUUCAGUGAUAAACCUACUUUGAAGACAUAUUCUUAAGCAAUUUGGAUCCUAAAUUUAUAUUAUUAGUUUUGGAGGAAAUAAUAAGGAAAAUGAAUAAUUUCAAAGUAGAUCUUGAGUCAUUCUUUUAAUAUCUCAGAUGUCAAUUAGAAUAACUUGGAGUCACUUUCUAAACUUUUCAACUUACCUUCCUUGGGAAGUUUGUGCAGUGUUAUAGUUUAGUUUAGCUCCUCCUCUAAGGUAAUGGUUUGCUAGUUUAAAACUGUAACCACACUAAUGGUAAAACAACAUGUAUCUAAAACACUUAAAGCAUUAGAAAAUUUGAGGAUGUUCUAGCCUGACAUUUCUGCUGGUGAUUUUUGUUAUUUAUAGAACUGAUAUUUGUGUAUUUAACAUACUUCAGGAAGUACAUGCCUUUCUUAAAACUGUUAACAUAACCAUGCAUUUAUUACCAUGGCCUAUCUAUAGAAUUUCAUAUUUUGGACCAGGUUAUCUGUGGCACAGCUAGUGCUGU